CUAUUAGUCAGCAAAGAGCCCUUUUCCAAUGUCUCAAACGUGUUUCGAUCCCUGAAGUCUCUCUUCUCUCCACUUCCUCUUCAUAGAAAACUUGAGCCAUUUGAAAAGUUUUCAAGUUUGUUCUUACUACUUACCUUUAUACAAACCCAGUGGAUAAGCUGGUCCCUUCCUCUCUGGGAUGGGAACUUCGGAACGGCCUUUGAUGCUCUAAUGUUUGCAGAGAGGCUUCGUAAACAUCGAAUGAUUCUGUUUGUUAAGGAGCGGCUAGAAGAUGCUCGUGAAGCGAGUCAUGCGUCUCCUAUGGCAACUCAGAAAAGCCGACAACGAGCCUAUCUAAAACCAGCCCUGGAUCCGGAAAAUACAGUAAUCGUAUUCCCAAAUGACGAUUUAAUUCCCUUAGGAAUAGAGGUAGCAUUGAACCUUCAGGUGACGGCGUCCACAAGUGGACGUCUAUCUGCUGUCCAAAUCUUACGGAUUGAACCUGAUGGUCGGGUUGGGAUGGAUGGACGAUUAGCCGUCGGCGACAAUAUUGUCGAAAUUGAUUAUCGACCGGUCUACCAGAUGUCGAUAGUCCGAGCUAGAGCCUACCUAAGUGAGCUACAAUCACAUCCCGGGACGUCCUCGCUGCAGAAUCGACCCAUCUUGUCAGCACUACAGCAAGCGAACACUGUCCACAUCGGUCAUACAAAGGUGGUCGAAUUGAAGAAAACGCCAGCUGGUUUUGGCUUCACUGUAACAGGAAGAGAGACUGCUAAAGGUGAACGACUGUUCUAUAUAGGAACAGUGAAGCCGAAUGGGGUUGCUCUGGGCCAUCUUCGAGCUGGUGAUCGACUGCUAGAGUUGAAUGGCGAACCUACGGCCGACCUGACUCAGGCUGAAGUGGUGGAUCGGUUGAAAAAGGCUGCCGUGGGAGAUACGAUAUCGUUCCUGGUAUCGCGAGUUGUGGAUGAAGAAGAUGAAAAGAAGAGUAACUCAAGUGAACGGGAGAAUCGCCCACCAACCCCCAUGGGAUCAGGGGCCAGACGGGAAUUGGAGCUGAUCAUUCCACUUAAUGAUACAGGAAGUGCCGGUUUGGGUGUGAGCCUGAAAGCUCGUGUCACCGUACGGACUAAUGGGACAAGGCAAGACUGUGGGAUAUUUAUCAAAAAUGUCCUACAUGGCGGUGCAGCCCAUAAAGAUGGCCGUCUGCGAGUAAAUGAUAGAAUAGUAGGAAUAGAGGAGCUAAGGCUAGAAGGCGAGACGAAUGCCACUGCCAGUGAAGCGGUCUCGAGGCGUCUGAAAGCAAUAGGUCCGACCGCCAAGUAUGUGAGGCUGCGCAUUCAACGAGCAAAGGACGCACCGGCUCAGACCACGUUGCAGUCUUCUGUAGGCAGUGUAGCUGGAGUUGCUACUCGGGCUUCCGUGGCUGAAUCAAGUUCUUCAGAAGGCAAGCUCUCACCCGUUGAAGGAAUGGAUGCUGAUUAUGGAAGUAGACUGGAUGAGUCUGAACUACCGAGCGUCUCGGAUCCGUUCAGUCGAGAAGCACCGUCAAGGAAGAGCAUGAGUGAAAAGCGUGGCAUGGGUGCUGCCAGUGAUCCACACCAUAUCAAGCUUUUCCAGGAUAUCAAACAUCAACGUCAGACAAGUGGUAAUUCAAAACCUGAAGUUUCUCGGCACUUUUUUCGUCGCUCACUAAGCGUGGAAAGUAUCAAUCAGGAUAGUCGAGCAGCAUUGAGGAUGCAUCCAGCAAUGGUAAUUCGUUUUUCUCUCCUCCAUUCGAAUCACUUUAGGGAGGUGUAA